AAGUCAGUCUACACCUUGCCUUCCGUACUGUAAAUAGUUUACACUUAAAUGUUCCCCAGUAUGCCACAAAAAAUAUUACAAAAGGACAGGUUCUUACCAGGGACGCUCACCCCAAUGAUGAGAGAGCUCAAGGUGGAAUAGAAACGGACGUAGUGGGCAUAUCUGUUGCUGGAAGUCAAUAUUACCCGCCAAUACCAACUCUCCUUCCCGGCUUCUGGUUUGGGAUCCCGACCCCAGGCACCAUACUUGUAUGAACCAGGAUACUCUCCUGCUGUGUAGACCCUCGGUUCACUUAUAUUCAGAAACUGACCAUAGGGACAAUUACCUGAGGAUAAAAUGUUAAAGGAAACGAAGCGAGAGUGUUAAUUUGCAUGGCAGAUUUCUUCCCAUAUAUGGCAUUAGUAGUUCAUUCAGCAGGAUUAUAGUCAAGGUAAGACUACUAUUUAUAUCUGCAAGAGUUAAUGUUUGGUUGCAUUGCUCUGCUCCGGGCCUUUCAUGGAGAGUGGAGAGCAGCAGCAAAACUCCAGUACAGAACACAGCAGGCAUCAUUGUCAACCGAUAUGGCAAUGAUUAAUCAACAUACAGAAUGCAAGAAAGCUCUGUGCUGGAAAUUGGUUGCAAAGUUGUUGGUUACAAAUGGAGAGUCCUCUUCUCACACUAAGGUUAAUUUUGGAGUUUCACAGGGUUCAGUGCUUGGACCAAUUCUGUUUACAUUAUACACGCUGCCUUUAGACAGUAUCAUCAGAAGACACCGCAUACAUUUUCAGUGCUAUGCUGAUGACUGUCAAGUCAAACCGGGUAGGAGGUGGAGAGCCCUGAGGAAAAAAAGUAAACGUGACAGACUGGAGGGCGGAACUAAUCUUGUGUCUGGGUUUCUGUCGGGAAGGAAAAGAAAGGCGAACUGGGAAGAAAUAGGAAGUUGCCACUUUCGGGAAAAGCCCAGCAAAAUUCUUUCAAUAAGUUGUCGCCAACAUGAAUAUUGUGUGGAACUGAAGUAUCUACAAAGCCAGGGAGGCAGCCGGUUUUUCACCUAUGGCUGACUAUGGCCGAAAAGAAGAUUAAAGAAAAAGGAAAACAAAAGAUCUGCCUGGUCAUUGAGUGAAAUCCAGUUAAACACCUGUGGUAGAUGCAUCAAUCCCUUUCAAGCGGGGAAGCUGCACAAACUUAAAGAGCUUGACAGUGAAAAACCGGGAAAUCAAAAUCUGGGAGUAAUGACCUGGAGUCCUGGGAAAAGGGAAUAAUUAGUGCAAAGAGAAAAUUCGGAGAAUCCCUCAAGUUGCAUGUGCCAUUCCCAUUAGUAAAUAAACCCCAGUUCAAGCCUGAGCACACAAAAAUGGCAGACCAAGCUGCUGGGAAGUCAGUUGAACAACUCAAAGGAGUGAGGGCAACAGCCAAGAGAUCAUUCUCUCGUCUGGUUAAUAGCAUUACGAGGACGCAUGAGGAUAUGACUGAAGAAGAACUCAAAGACAGUUUCAAUAGACUGACAAUGGAAGCAGAAAAAGUCAUGGAGGCCAAUGAUGAUCUAGAGGCCGGUUUCAUUACAGAGCUAGAGGCAAAGCCUGACACAAGUGAAGCAGCUGUGCUGACAGAACAGCAGAGAGCCGACUUAGCAAAGACUGCAAGUGAAUGUGAGUUAAAACUGAAGGAAAUAAAAACCCUAGUCAGAGAGGCUCUCUGGGCCAACUUUGGAAGUGCAGAAUUGUCCACAGCACUACAGGCAGCAGAGGCUGAGUGUGAUCAUGUUGCUGCCAUUACGCCUGACGGUAAUUAUGAAGUGUAUGAUUUCGUUCUUGGCCACCUGAAAGAACUGGUGGGAGUGGCAAAGGAGAGGUAUAGCAAGUGGAAGCAUUGGAUCCCAUCAGGUAUUCGGAGAGAUCUUCAAAGCAAUAUACAGAGGCUGGAACUCUGCGUCCCCAGGCUGGUUUCCAGAAAAGCUGACUUUCUGGAAAUGAGAAUAAAGGAGGAUGCUGAUCACCUGUCAUCAUUGCCAGUUACCUCCAGCUGCCCUAUGCCAAUCAUCAAGCUGAAACCAACAGCACUUCCUAAGUUUCUUGGAAACAAACGAGACUUCCACCGAUGGAAGAAGGAAUGGGAGGUUCUUCAGGGGCAGGCGGAGCCAUCUGGAUCGAAAGAGAUCAAAAAGUUUCAGCUACUUGAUAGUGUGGAUGAGAAGAUAACGAGAGAACUUCGACUCACCACUUACAACACUGCAGACGACAUCUUUCGUGUUUUGGAGAAUCGGUUCGGCAAUCAAACAUCAAUUGCUAUUGAAAUAGUGGAGGAGUUACAGAGAAUGCCAGCUGUUAAGAGCCACCAGCCAAGAAAAAUAGUGGAAUUAAUUCAAGCUGUGGAGAAGGCGCUUCAAGACCUGGUUGACCUUGGUGACACGGGGGCUAUAAAAAACCCAUUGGUAACAAAGUCAAUCGAAAGUAAACUUCCAGAAACACUCAAAAAGGAGUGGCUCAUUUAUGUUGCUGACAGUAGAAACAUGGUCACCCCAGAAAAACGAUUUGAUAGUCUUCUGGAAUUCCUCAAAGAGCAAGAAACCAUAUAUGAACAGCUUGAUCAUCUGAGAGAGGAAGAGCCAAGUAAGCGAGAAAGAGUGGAGCUGAAACAUUCCAGAACCAAAUUCACCAAAUUAGGUAGCGAUGAAGGGUGUGUGGUCUGCGGUGAUGGAAAGCAUAAAACGAAACUCUACUUCUGCAGGCAAUUUAAAACAUUAAAGCUUGCAGAAAAGAAGGCCGCAAUUAAGAAACUAGGCACAUGCUGGAGUUGUCUCGAGGUUCAUGACAAAGGGUCAUACUGCAAACCCACUUAUCUGUGCAAAAACCCAGGCUGCAAAGAAGCACAUGCUGCGGAGCACCAUUACUACCUAUGCCCUAAUGCUGAGGUGAGGAAGGGAAGUGCAGUAGGGAAGCAAAAUAGAUCUGAUCCAGAGGGAGGAAAGGUCAGCAGGAAAUGUACGGAGGAUCAGGAGGAGUUCCUCAAAAAACUGUCACCUGAACUGGCAAGAGAAUGCAGGGAUGCGUUUUCAAACACUGCAUCUAGGGCAUGCAGCACCACCAAGGAGCAGCCAAGCCUCCUAUUUGAAGGUGGGCUUCGAGAGCUGCCAGUAAUCAUGAUGCUCCUUGAGGUCACAGCUAAUGCUGGGCAAAAGAUUGGGACAUUAAUUGACCUGGCUUCUGACACCAACUAUAUAACCCACAGGGCUGCAAGCAGUCUUAACCUAAGAAGUGAAGAAAUCACUCUGGUUGUUCAUGGAGUAGGGGCAAUGAAAACGCACGUGAGAACAAGGCGGUAUCUUUUAAAGAUCCGAGUCAGAACGCCUAGAGGCACCCUUAGGUCACACCAACUGGUCUGCUAUGGACUCGACAGCAUAGCAGAAGUCCACAAACAU